AUGUUGGGCUUAUACAUGUUAAAUGCUAAUGGAAAAAAUAAAACCGUCGAAAUAAUCGAAGAUGAGAAAAAAGAAUAUGAUUGCCAAAUUGAGGCAGAGAAGACAAUACACCCAAAUGAUGUGAUUGCUGAGAUUGAGAAAACUGUAAGUCCGAUUGCUGGUGACUUAAUUCCUCAAGCAAAUUCUUCUCAGUUAGCUACUGUCCAGGCUUCUACUAAUCCGGUAGAAACUCAUUGGAUUUCUCCGAAAACUACAAGAGACAAGAGGCAGGGAGUUCAUAAACCAGUUAAACUGGCCAUAAACCAGUUUAGUGUCCUUCAGGAAUAUCAGAAACCAGCAACUACAGUCCCAUCCACAUCAUAUAAACUGAAUAAAAUUGGGAUUGGGGCUCUUCUUGAAACAAAAAUCAAGGGAGCAAAAAUAAAAGAAGUUAGGAGUUCUACCUUUUUUGGUUGGGAGUAUUACAGUAGUGAAUCAGUGGAGGGUCGAAUUUUAGUGAUUUGGAAAUCUAAGUUGGUGCAUCUUGAUGUGAUCCAGGAAAGUGACCAAUUCUUACACUGUCAAGUGAGAUUAUACAAUAAACCUGGUUUCUGUCUUACAUUUGUUUAUGGCUCUAAUAGUUUGGAGACGAGGAGAUCCUUAUGGCAUGAUUUGUCCCAUUUGCAUUGGCCUAGUAAAGCUUGGAUGAUUCUUGGGGAUUUUAAUGUUGUUUUUGCUCCGAAUGAUAGAUUGGGUGGCAGGCCUAUCACAAUGAAAGAAAUGGAGGAUGCUAGACAGUGGUUUGAUCUUGGUUUAGUUGAAGAAAUGAAGAUUAUGGGUCCUUUUUACACUUGGUCUAAUAAUCAAGAAGGAGAGGCUCGUAUUUUUUCCAAGUUGGAUAGGGUUUUUGUUAAUGAAUCUUGGCUAGAUGAAUACCCUUUAGUUUCGGCUUGUUCUCAAUGGGAGAUUGGAUCAGAUCAUUCUCUUAUUCUGAUAAAAAAUCUUUCUGCUCUAAGGGUUGGGGUGAAGCCUUUUCGAUUUUAUAACAUGUGGAUCUCUCACCCUCAAUUUAGAGUAACGAUAUUAUCUAACUGGUUGAAAACAUUAAGGUUUAAUGGCAGAGGUUUAGAGCAAAUCAGCUGGAAACUUACCCGUCUUAAGCAUGUCUUGAAGGAGUUUAACUGGAAGGUAAUGGGGGAUGUAGCUUGUAACUAUGAGAGAAGCAAAAGCUUAUAUCAGCAAGCUCAUUCUAAAUGCUUUGCUGAUCCGUCCAAUAGUAUGUUACGUAAUGAGGAUCGUGAAGCUUUUCUUGAGUUUAAGAAGCAAGAGAAAUUUUUAAAGAAAAGGAAGUUAUCUAAUAGGAUUGUAUCCUAUGUUUCUGAUGAAGGGCUGAUCAUUGAUGAUUACUCUAAACUAGCCAAGCUACGGGUUUUUUUUUAUGCUCAAGCAAUAGGUUAUGGCUCGGUUUUGAGCAGUGAAGCCCAACUGAGUUUGAUCAAGCCGUUCACUAUCCUAGAGGUUAAAGCAGCGAUGUUUAGCAUACAUUCUCUCAAAAUCCCAGGUCCGGAUGGGUAUGGGGCGGGAUUUUUUAAAGCAUUAUGGAAGAAUAUUGGUAAGGAAAUUGCUUUUGCUAUUCUUGAAUUUUUUGAGUCAGCUUGCAUUCCUCAGUCUUUAAAUAAUACUCUCUUAUCUCUAAUCUUGAAAGUGGACCAGCCAGUAAAUGCUUCUGAUUUUAGACCUAUUGCUUGUUGCAAUACUAUAUACAAAUGCAUAUCCAAAAUGUUGUGCAAUAGGCUAAAACCUGUUCUUCCUUCUUUGAUCAAUCAGAAUCAGGGGACCUUUAUUAAGCAUCGCUUGCUUGCCCAUAAUGUGCUUAUUCUUCAAGACUUACUUAAAGGUUAUAAUAGGAAAAAUAUUUCCCCUCGUUGUCUUAUGAAGAUUGAUAUUAGCAAGGCGUAUGACUCAAUUGAAUAG